ACUUAACGUGGAGUAUUAGAAUCCUUUCUAAUACAACAUGCUUCUACCACAUUAUUCCACAACGCCAGACCAGGAUAAUUCGCUGACAAGAAAACAGCUUAGUUAUAUUUAAGAUAUCUACUAAUGGCCAGCCAAGCUUCUAACCCGGAGACGUUAGAAAAUUUUGACUUGUUCAUAUUCCUACCAACGGAGAUUCAAUGGAUGAUAUGGGAGCUCACUCUACCUGGCACGAUGCUCCGCGUGGGUGGAGCCCGUUUUCCCGUGAUCGAGAUCCCACAGCCACCCGAAGAACACCUUUACGGCAAUACCCCUGACCUCCAAGACGUCCCAAUAUAUUCGCCGAGCAUCGUAGCUCUCAAAGUCUGUUACCAGAGUAGAAUGGUCGCCCUAGAAAAUCUCGUGCCGUUAUAUCGGUCUUUGACGAGUCACAACCGUAUAAUUUGCAGCUAUAUUUCUAUGCACGACAUCGUCGACGUCGGGAUCCUUACGUUUCUGGAAGAAUGGCGUGCCAUGAAGGACGAGACAUAUGGUCCCGUCGGUAGGCUUGCGCGGAGAGGGCGCACGUUAGGGUCGAGAGGGUGGUCAGCCGACGCUUUCGAGACUAAACAGGCCAAGUUCCUAUACGACAUGGCCUCCCACCGUCUAUCUGCGGUAAUUUGGUUAAAAGCCACCACCAACGUAGAUGCAGAAGAAUAUACGUUGCAAGAUACCUUCGUCAUUCGUUCCUCGUCCCUCGAAGAAUGGGUCUUCGGCUCCCGCAUCACCAUCGGCCGCGUGCCCCGGGUCCUACGCAGCUUCGAGCUUGACCCCGCGAGAUGGACGGCCUACAACUGCGCUACCCUCAUCGGAGGGACCCGGUACAACCGCCAGUACAAUAUCGCAGGGCUCUGCUCUCGCCCGGAAGAGAUCCUGGGUUCGUGGGUGUGGCUCCUGCACAGGCUAGCCUACCCGCCGCAUUCGCCGCUUAUGCUGCAGUUGUUACCUCCGCGCCGCAACGUCACCAUCCUGAAGAUAUUCGUUAUUAUUAUGGACGGCGGUAACUGCCCCUCGUGCCGUCGCCCCAUUUUAUCGCGUAUUAGAGAGUGCUACCCCGAGCUACCGUUUGACCAAGUCGAUCUCCUAUUCCGUAUCGAGCGGUCUGGUGUCCCGCGGGGGUACAACAAUCCGCUGAGAUUAGUUCAUAUGCGUUAGUCAAUACCUUAUUUACUUCGAUACUAUAAGGCGAGGGUUACGGUAUUGUUAUGCCGAUAGGUAUACGUUGGGUCUCGGGACAUUGCGCUGGUUAUCUACAUAUCAACUGGAAUUCUUGGGUAGUUCUCUAUCCUUUACUUCAUGGAGAGAGGAUGAGACAUGACGUAUGAAUACAUACGCGCGAAUGGUUCUUAAAGCCAAACCCUCAUUACUUUUGGUAUUUUGUUUUUUCCAUUUCUUUUGUGACGAUCGAGAUGUUCUAACUGAUUGGACAUGACCUGCCAGAGUAUUGACUUCUUAGCUUGACGUGGCAUAAUAGAGCCUACUCCUUUACGUUAGGUACUUGGGUAAUUAUACUUACCCUUCUAUAAGCCAGUAUUGUACGAUCAUAAAGGCCUAAGGCAGCGUCCCGUAUCUCGUGGAACACAGGCGGUAAACCAGUAACACAUCAAGACCCCGGGCGGUUGCGACACGUAUCUCAAGCAGUAUACCUCCUCUUACGAAGCUCAUGCCUAUCAUGAUACCAGACUAGGUCUGUUAUGUCAUCCUCAGGAUUCGUGGCUGAGCCUCAACGGCCACUGCCAACUGGGCGUAUGCGUAUGAAAAGUAAACACGAGC